AUGUCGUGUUACCGCUCUUGCUGUUCUCCAUGCUGCUCUCCACCAUCCUGUCCUCCGCCAUCCUGUCCUCCAUCCUGUCCUCCGCCAUCCUGUCCUCCACCACCCUGUCCUCCACCCACUAUCGUUUGCAGACCAGCCUGCCCCCCUCGUUGCCCCCCUCAACCAACUAAAACAACAGUUUACCUGCGGCCUUGUACGCCUUGUCCACCCUGUUGCGCCAUUCCUUGCCCGCCAAAGGUCGUCGUUGCGUGUGCGCCACCCCCACCCCCCUGUCCACCACCGCCUCCAAGCGUAGCUUUCGUUUGUACCAAGAAGAUAGUCCCCUGUAUGCCGUGUCCACCGCCAACACCGCCCCCCUGUUCUCCUUGUCGUACGAUUUGCAUGUCGCACUCCUGUUAACACCAAGGAGCAAGGAGUUCAAAUAGUUUCUUUCAAAGGAUUCGAGGACCAGACUCGUGGAAUCUAACGAGAAUCAUCGACAGAAGCGUGAUAUCGAAUUUUUAUAUAGGGAAAGAAGGUGAAUUAUUGUAACGAUAACGUAAUAUGUAGAGUAAAAUUAUCGGAUAUAUCAAGUUUUACUUUAUUAUUUUCAGGAAAAGAUAUCCGAGAUUUAUCGAGGAAAAUUCUGUCGCGAUAAGAUAAUGAAGAUAAUCGGAUCGAAGAAAUAUUGAUCAACGAGGAACGGGAUGUGUCUGUUCAUUAUAAAAACAUCCAUCUGGCUACUGGAUACCGAAAGUUGCGGCGAAAGAAGCACGAUGAUUCCAAUUUCGUUCAUUGAGUUUUUUAAUCAAAUCGCUUUCCAAUUAGAGAAACCUAAUUUUACCCUGAAAUCGUCGUAGAGAAGAGAAUUAAAAAAAAUCGCAUCGAAUAAUCCAGAGAAUUAAUCGAUUUAAACCACCGCGGCCUUAUUAUCGAAAAAACGACGCGAAAUCAAAAUGGAGAAAUCAUAGACGAGGAAUUUUAUUGGAGAAAGUCAUCGCUAUUUUUUCAAUUUCAGAUAAUUUUAAUCGAAUGCCCGCUAUUUCCACGCGAGUUCCGCGUUUACGUUGCAUCGGCAUGUAUUUUCCUCCCUAGAUAAGUGCAACGUGAUGCAACGUGAAAGAACUACGUGGAAAAGAAUCGAUGCUUAUCGAUAAAUAUUAUCGAUCUAUUCGUAUCCCAUCAUAUCAUCAUUCUUAAGUGGACGAACGUGAGUACGAUGUACUUCAGUAUUUGAUCACGUUGAUCGCAAUAGAAAACAGGUACCAUUCAUUUUUUACUGUGAUUUUUUUUUUUUAUGAAUCAAGUCACGUUGUCAAGGUUUUGGUACGGUUGCGACAACGGAAUGACUGAUUUUGUCGUAUCACGUUCGAGGUGAAAAUUUUGAAGUUAUCUCAGAGUUUAUCAACCUCAAAUAAAACGGAAAAAAAUAAUACUAUCACGUAUUCUGUGUGCUUCUUUUUGUACAUGAUACGUAAUAAAAAUAGCAAAAGUA